CUGUUUAUAAUAACAAUGCCAACUAGUUGCUGUGCCCCAGGGUGCACUAAUCGUUUUAUGAAGCAGUCUGGUAUCGGUUUUUAUCGAUUUCCAAGAAGUACUGAUCGUAGGAAUCGAUGGAAAGUGGCAAUGAAACGCACCUGCAUUGAAGACAAAACUAAAACAUGGGAACCGGCAGAACACGACCGCGUGUGCAGUAAACAUUUUAUCACAGGAAGACCUGUAGAUGAUGAUGAUCAUCCGGAUUAUGUGCCAAGCAUUUUCAUCUUUUUGCCGGUUCGAGAGAGCACACCUAAUAAAGUUAGCAGAUACCACAGAGUAAAACAACGUAGAGAGGUGUUACAAACUCUAGAUGAGGAAAUACAACAGGAACAGAAUAGAAAUGAUGUUGCUAACAUUCUUAUGGACCUAACCCAUAACAUAUGUACAACAACAUUUACAGAUACAGGUACUGACCCAAUCCCUGAGGAACCAAGUCCACUGCAAGAUGAGUUUUUUGAACUACAAAGGAAAUAUUCUCAGUUACAAACAGAGUAUCAGCGAGUACUAGACCACAACAGAGAACUAAAAGAUGAAAUUCAAAAGAAGAAGUUUACGUUUAGUAACUUGGAUAAUGCCAAAAUAUCAGCUUUAACUGGCCUGUGCUCAGUGGCAGUGUUCAUGUGGGUUUUAUCUCUUGUAAGUUUAUGUAUUAAGAGAAUAGGAAAUGUAAGUCCUGGUGACCAGCUGUUGUUGGUAUUAAUGAAGCUGAGGUUGAACUUGACAAACCGAGACUUAGCAUUGCGGUUCAACAUAUGCCCAACACAAGUAUCAAAGAUUUUAGGUCAGUGUUUACCAAUUUUUGCCAAGAAACUUCAAUUUCUUAUACAGUGGCCAGAUAAAAAUACAAUACUGAAAAACUUGCCUAAAGCCUUCAAAAGAAACUAUAAGAAGUGCAGAGUUGUAAUUGAUUGCGCAGAAAUAUUUCUUCAGAGACCAUCAAAUCUAGAUGCUAGGGCCAAAACAUGGAGUAACUAUAAACACCAUAAUACCCUUAAGUUUUUAAUUGGUAUUACACCAUAUGGUUCUGUUAGUUUCUUGUCUGAAUGCUGGGGUGGGAGAGUUAGCGACAAAGAAAUUACUGAAAAAUCUGGGUUUUAUAACAAACUGGAAUAUGGAGACUUAGUCCUAGCAGAUAGAGGUUUCCUUAUUGAGGAAGAACUUGCAGUACAUGGUGCAUCUCUGGCAAUUCCACCGUUCACAAGAGGCAAGAAACAGCUUUCUCAGCGAGAAAUCGAAUGUUCCAGGCGUUUAUCUAGAGCCAGAAUCCACGUUGAAAGGGCAAUAGAAAGGAUAAAAAAUUAUCAAAUUGUAAAACACACUAUGCCAAUAUCAUUGUCAAAACAUGCUGAUGAUAUCUUAACAAUCUGUGGUGCACUGACAAACCUGAUGCCGAAGCUUGUAAACUAAGCAAUUAACAUUUGAAGAGUCAUGAUAUUUGCUAUUUACAAAGUAAUUAAUUCAGUUUUAUUUACAUCUGAUUGCAAUAAAAUAUAGUUAUAAUGAUAAUAGAAGUCCCAUAAAUAUGGGGCAUGUGGCAUCCAUGACCAGACCACUGUCCUUUAAUUCAAACUGGUUAUGAUUCCUUUUCAUAAUUUCACAGUACAGCAUUUUCGCUUUUGGUUCAUUACUCAAGCCAAAACUGACUGCAUCCAUUAUAAUCUAAUGUCAGUUUCAUUAUACUUCAUGA